AUGGAUCUGUCUGGUGAAUCUCUUUGCAGUGACGUCCUUGCCUUGCCCAUCUUCAAGCAGGAGGAAUCGAGUUUGCCUCCUGAAAACGAGAACAAGAUCCUGCCCUUCCAGUACGUGCUGUGUGCUGCCACUUCCCCGGCCGUCAAGCUGCACGAUGAAACCCUCACCUAUCUCAACCAAGGGCAGUCCUAUGAAAUCCGGAUGCUGGACAACAGGAAAAUCGGGGAGCUGCCAGAGAUAAAUGGGAAGCUGGUAAAGAGCAUUUUCCGGGUGGUGUUCCACGACCGGCGGCUGCAGUACACGGAGCACCAGCAGCUGGAGGGCUGGCGCUGGAACAGGCCUGGGGACAGGAUCCUGGACAUAGAUAUCCCAAUGUCCGUGGGCAUCAUUGACCCUAGAGCAAACCCAACCCAGCUCAACACAGUAGAGUUCCUGUGGGAUCCUUCCAAGAGAACUUCUGUGUUUAUCCAGGUGCACUGCAUCAGCACGGAGUUCACCAUGCGGAAGCACGGAGGGGAGAAGGGGGUUCCCUUCCGCGUCCAGAUAGACACCUUCAAGGAGAACGAGAACGGGGAGUACACGGAGCACCUGCACUCUGCCAGCUGCCAGAUCAAGGUCUUCAAGCCCAAGGGAGCUGAUCGGAAGCAGAAGACAGACAGGGAGAAGAUGGAGAAGCGAACACCUCACGAGAAGGAGAAGUACCAGCCUUCCUAUGAAACCACGAUACUCACAGAGUGUUCCCCCUGGCCAGAGAUCACGUACGUCAACAACGCGCCGUCCCCUGGCUUCAACAGCUCCCACAGCAGCUUCUCCAUCGGGGCUGGCAAUGGCUCUCCCAACCAUCAGCCCGAGCCACCCCCGCCGAUCGCAGAUAACCUCUUGCCCACCAGCACACCCCAGGAGGCCCAGCAGUGGCUGCACCGAAACCGCUUCUCCACUUUCUCUCGGCUUUUCAGAAACUUCUCAGGUGCAGACUUGCUGAAGCUGACCCGGGAGGACGUUAUCCAGAUCUGCGGCCCUGCGGAUGGCAUCAGGCUCUUCAACGCGCUGAAAGGACGGAUGGUGCGGCCCAGACUGACCAUCUAUGUGUGUCAGGAGUCCCAGCAGCUGAGGGACCUCCAGCAGAAACACGAGGACACGGACGCAGUGACCAGCACUUUUUUCGUGUACCACGCCAUCUACCUGGAGGAGCUGACGGCGCUGGAACUGACGGAGAAGCUGGCCCAGCUCUUCAGCAUCUCCUCCCAACAGAUCAGCCAGAUCUACAAGCAGGGCCCGACGGGGAUACACGUGCUGAUCAGCGACGAGAUGAUACAGAACUUCCAAGACGAGUCCUGUUUUGUUCUGGACACCAUGAAAGCUGAAACCAAUGAUAGCUACCACAUCAUCCUAAAAUAG